AUGCAGCCGGCAAAAUUGAAAAAACCACCACCUGGUAAAACGUGGAAAGAAGUUAACAAAGAACGUAGGGAAAAACCUUUACCAGGAUCAAUUUUGGAUAAUGCUCAAUCACCCGAAUUGAGAGCUUAUCUAGCUGGUCAAAUUGCAAGAGCUGCCUGUAUUUAUAAAAUUGAUGAAGUCAUAGUUUAUGAUGAUAAGGGUGAAAUUACCGAAGUGGAAAGAAAAAAAAUGAAGAGGGAUUGUACCCUAGGAGAUGCAAGGCCUUGUUGCUUGCAAUUAGGUAGAAUACUUCAAUAUCUUGAAUGUCCACAAUAUUUGAGGAAACAUCUUUUCCCCAUUCAUAAAGAUCUCCAGUAUGCAGGACUUUUGAACCCUUUAGAUGCUCCUCAUCAUCUCAGACAACAAGAUGUAUAUAUUUAUAGAGAAGGAGUGAUUACUAAUAAACCUGUAAAAGCUGGAAAAGGAUCUAUGGUAUAUGUUGGACUACAAAACGAUGUAAGAGUUGAUGAAGUUUUGACAAGUGGUACACGAGUAACAGUGAAAAUUCCAACUGAACAAGAGGAUCCCAAGAAACCCCAUGGAAUCAUUGUUUCUGCUGCAGUACCUAGAGCAGAUACUGGAAUUUACUGGGGAUAUUCAGUAAGACUAGCAGCCAAUCUGAGUGAAGUUUUUGCCAAAUGUCCUUAUCGAGAUGGCUAUGAAAUGUCCAUUGGAACUUCGGACAAAGGAACACCAGUUGACAGUAUAGCUCCAAAAAGUAUAAAAUACAAACAUGCCUUAAUAGUAUUUGGAGGUUUGUCCGGUAUUGAGAGUGCUGUUAAAGUUGAUCCAAACAUUAAUGAUCAAGAACUAUUAGAACAGAAGAAGCUAUUUUGGUCACUCUUGCUGAAUUGA